AAAGAGGAAAGAAUUGAAAACAACUGUAAGCAGAAAACUGUCAUUUUUACGCUUGAUGUUGUUUGAAUAUGAUAAUCGUCACAUACAUAGUAUUUAGCUGCUUAGCUAUAUAACGUAAAGGGGUCUCAUUUCCUGGGGACUAGCUAGUUAAAAAGGUCUCUAAAAAACUUGCCAGAUGGCUGGUUAGGCUAGCUUGGCGCCGCUUGCUAAAGCUAGCAAAACAGUCAGUUAUCUAUUAAAGAGCUAACUUAUAGUUGUCUUUCGAUAUAGCUAACGUAAUAGCCAUUUGUCUUUCACUGCAAGACAGUUUUCAACGCGAUGGUUGUUAUCUUCAUUUAUUCAACUGAUUAGUUUAUGAAAUGAUUUGUCUAACGUUAGCUAGCAGCUAUCUAAGCAUUGACGCGCACUAUAUGUAUUCCUACUGCCAAAGUUGAAUCCGUCUUUCACUAUGGGGAAUUUAUUUGCAAGCCUCUUUAAAGCAUUUGGCAAGAAAGAGAUGAGGAUCCUCAUGGUGGGUCUCGAUGCUGCUGGUAAAACAACAAUCCUGUACAAACUCAAACUUGGAGAAAUUGUAACUACCAUUCCAACUAUAGGUUUUAAUGUUGAGACAGUCGAGUACAAGAACAUAAGUUUUACAGUGUGGGAUGUCGGUGGUCAAGACAAAAUUAGACCGUUGUGGCGUCACUAUUUCCAGAACACACAGGGUCUCAUCUUCGUUGUGGACAGCAAUGACAGAGAGCGAGUGAACGAAGCCCGCGAAGAACUGAUGAGAAUGUUGGCAGAGGAUGAACUACGAGAGGCAGUCUUAUUAGUAUUCGCUAACAAACAGGACCUCCCAAAUGCUAUGAAUGCGGCCGAACUCACAGACAAGUUGGGACUGCACUCCCUCCGCCAUAGAAACUGGUACAUCCAGGCCACCUGUGCCACCAGCGGAGACGGUCUCUAUGAAGGACUGGAUUGGUUGUCUAAUCAGUUAAAAAACCAGAAAUAGGCCUAAUCAUCAUAAUCCACUGUCCUCCUCAACUCACAUAUACCCUUUUCACUCUAUCGUGCUGACUCAAACCGUACGGUGGCUCAGAUGAUUUUCUUUCACGUUGUCCUUUCCUACAUGGUUCUAGCAACUGUGUGGUAGACGAGUUACCAGGCUGGCGCAGUACAGCUCAGCUCAGUUUGGCUCGGCUCAGUAGUGUGAAAAGUGUAACACUGUAUCUUCUCUAUCUUUGCUUUGUACUCUUCUGAUGUUGAAAAUUAAGUUACUUUUGUCAAAAGUACCUACUGGAAAGCUGCCCUCAUUUCUCAUCUCUCGUUACAACAAUUUUCCAUAUGGGCCAGGGAGGAUAAUAACCCAAUCAUGGAAAGCUGUCUGGGUUUCUUAUUUAAUGUAAAUAGUCUUGUUUUGGAUGGUGAGGGGUUUAAGAGGCAGCUUAUUGCAGACUUUUAAAAAUCUACCUUGGUUAUUUCCUCCUCUUGACCCUUGGGCAGACAUGCAUGUCUAGUAAAUAGAAAAGGGAGGCAAAAAAUAAUUGAUGGGACCCAAUGUUUAUUGACUUUUUACAUAAGUCUGCUGGUAAUUUUUACUGAAAGGAGUGUUUCUCCUGAAUUAAGCAUACAUACAGAUGUACUACUUGCAACAAUUAUGGUUUAACACCUCUGACGGCUACAAUAUCCUGCUCCCCCAAAAUACCAUUUAGCAAAACACUGAAGAGCGUAUUAUUGAGAUGAAACCUAAAACAGAGGUUAGUGGGCUUCAAAGUCAAACUCUUGUCGACACUUACCAGCUUUUGUUGUGUGUCAGAUCAUGUUGGCUUUCAUUGGGAAGUGGCUGCCAUGCAGAGUAACUAUGUUCCUCCAUGAAUCUCAUCAUUCACCUGCUUUGUGAUGGACAGAUGUACUGUCUGGUCAGCAUUAUGAUGUAUGAAAGUGGCUCAGGUUAAUAAUCAUGUGUACUGCCUUUGUCACAGUGAGCCUGAAUUUAAUAGCAAAAAAAGUGCAUGAUGUGGUCUGUAUGUUGGACAAAUGCAUGUUUAAGAUGCACAGAUUCUGUGCAAAUCAACAGAUUUUCAUCCUGUGCAGAAUCUAAUAUCUCGAACACAUUGAUUGUCAGCGGGACUAGCUAAUUGAUUGUUAAACAUUUUUGUCUACAUAAGCAUUGUCAUUACUCUUGUCAGCUGCAGGUGCUCAAGGGUUGGGUUACCUUGAUGUCCUCAACAUCACCAUCACAAUGACUUAGCGCCACAACAACCUUGUAACUCAGGGGUCUUCAACCUUAUCUUUCCCAGGGACCCCCUCCCAGGCAAACCACUGAACCAGGGACUCCCAUUAUGUUAGCCAAAACAUUUUUUUCCCUCAUGUCUUAUCAGGUGAAUGUCAAGGCGAAGUAAUCAAAACAUUUUGAGAUGAAUAGAUUUGGUAAAUGUUUUUUCAUUAGUUUGACCUCCCCACAUUUAUAAUUGGAAGAGGAAGUGUAAACUCUAACAUAGCCUAUUAGCUAGAAAGGUAACUGCAAACACUUUCGCUAAGCGCAACUGUUUAGCUUGCUAUCCAUGUGUUGGCAAAAAUGUAUGUCCAAGUCAAGAACACUUACCAGCAGCCAGUAGCACUUACCACACUGGUAGCCUAUUUUUCAAAGCCAAUGUCAGAUACUCCAGUGAGUGUAAUUUGUUCAAUAUUAGGAGUGGAGAAAUAAAGUUGACAUGAGAAAUAAGAUAUUUUCCUCUUUUCUACUGUAGGUAUGUCAUUCAAAAUGUGUUUAGUCUGUUGCUAGCGAUAUUCAUAACAUUGAACCCCCAUCGCAGACACCCGGUUGUUUACCCCUGCACUCAAGGUAUAUGCUGUAUGAUGCUCUGAUAUGACAAAAGCAGUUGUAUUCUAAAUUCGGAUGUCCUCCAUCAUGACCUGAAGACCUUGUUUUCAUCCCUUUUUAUUGGGAAUGAUUAAAGUGUAUUAAUAGUUAUGGAACAAGGCAUGCAUCAAUGUCAGUGGCAAUAUGAAAUGUAUGAACUCCAUAUUUUUUACUUAGUGGGCACUAGUAUUUUUUUUGUCCUUUGUAGCUCAUGUUGUCCUUGGCUAAGUUCUGGGGGGAUACUUUUGUCCUCAUGUCAAAGAAACAUGCUGUUCCAUUACAAACCUUUUGUGCUUCUUAUCAAAAGGUUCUGGGUGUUAUUCCACCAGUGCUAUGGACAUUUCUUAGUCUUUCUUUUAAAGCAAGGCAUUGGAUUAAAACUGAUUGCCUGAACCUUUUGUUGAAACGUUAAUCUCUUUAGCAGAACUUUUGUCUAAACUUUUUUUUAUUUUUAUGUAAAGUUAUUUCAGCUUAAAUUUUUUGGAGAAAAGCACUGUAAUUAAAGUGAUUAGAGACUGUU